AUGCCCGGAAAUGCGUUGGAAAUGGAAUCGGGACGAAAAACGGCGAAAACGGGUGCAGAAGAGGUCACACGACUCGUGUGGAUAGUGACACGGGUCGUGUGGGUUGAAGAAAUAGGAGAUGUAGCUACGGCAUUUUCACACGAGUCGUGUGGGUUGGGACACGAGUCGUGUGACCUCACACGACUCUUGCAGUCAAAAGGCUUAGACAGGAUUCUACACAGGGCCUCGUUGAAUUCACGAACGAGAUUCAUUGCCUUCCCGAUUCUUAACAUCAUCAAGCUACUCGGCUAUUGUAUUCAUCAAGAAGAAAAGCUUCUCGUGUAUGAGUUCACGGAGAACACAAGCUGUGGAUACUUACAUAGGAGGAUGAAGUCCAAUGUCUUCUCCAAGAGGAGGGGGCAGCCUGGGGUCCACACCAACAUUAGAGUAAUAAUAAGACAGAUACUUGGGAUCAGACCUAAGCUCCUCCUCAGACGAGAACCCAUUCCCACUCUUAUUUCUAGCAAACCCAUUGGCUACAUCCGUUCAUGGUCUAAAGAUAUUGAUGUUCUUAUGUCUCAAGCAGCAGCGGCUAGACACCUUCAUCAUAUGCGACGCUCGACCAAUAAUGUCGCUCAUGCUCUUGCACGCUUUGCUUCUUUUUCAAACUCUCCUUUCUUAUGGGAGGUGGAUGUUUUCCCGCAUUGGCUUAAGGAACUUAUCUGUACUGAUUUAGAUUCUGGUUGA